AUGACUUGGGAUCGAUAUGAACUUGGCCAAAGGAACAUUUUCUACGAUGAAAAGAAACCCCUGAUCCCAGUCAACGUGUUCCCUCCGCACGUAGAGCGCGUACGGAGAUUAAUCACAGACCUUUCUUGUGUCGCCAAUGGAGAAGGCUUGAUCAAUAAAAAUGAGCUUAUUUCUGAUGAUAAGUUGAAGCCCUUGCUAUAUGGCCCAGAUCCAGAUCCUGCCCUAGUUGCGGCGCAGAAGACCUUGAGCAAGGCACACAGUCUCGUCAACGGUGGCUACAAAGAGGACGAGUGGCAGGCUUUCUACGCAAUAGACUUUUUUGCAACACUUGCCGGUUCUCUUUCAUUACAUAAAGAUGAUACUAGACGUGUGUCGUACAAUAAAUAUUAUCAUGACGCAUUCAAGAGAGAGACCAAUGGGCUCUGGGACCUGUUUAAAAAAGAUGAGGAGGUCGGAAUAGGGUCAUUUACGAGCCUCAGUAGCCCUAAACCAGACCAAGCUUUCUUCCUUCCCAUUUAUCACAACCGCCAUCCGACCGGGAUUCCAACCGUGGUAGACCCCAAUGCUAGGCAGUGGAAUAGGGCUCAAGAGAUAUCCGCCAUGGAACCGUUUACGUGGUCGACGCUUAAGAGAUUACAUGAAUUUGGUCUCCAACCAGCACCUUUCAACCUUUUUAAGAAACCACCACUUGAAGCCAAUCUCAAAUGUUACCCUUGGCUUGUGGUCGAACACAAGAAAGAGAAGCAGGAUAAUAGGCCCGUGAGAGACGUGUGUUGCCAGGCUGCUAAUGCUGCAGCAUGCGCGAUUAGUUUGAUCAGACACACAGCUCAGUAUGCUAUAAAGCUACCCAAACAAGCGCACAUCCCCCCCAUGCCCGUCAUCACUACCAUCGGACCUAGUGUCAAAGUGUGGAUCAUGUAUUAUGCCACAGAUUUCGACGCCCCGUGCUGCCACCGAGAGACUACAGAGGUAAUAGUAAAGAGACGCAAAGAGGGAUAUAUUAUGCGCGUCAUUUGGAACGGUGAAAUGACCAAGCUUGCUGAUGUUGUUAUGUUCCAAAUGGUCCUUGAUAACGCGCAUACCUGGGCCACACGAGUUUUUAAACCUUUGAUAUCUUCGUAUAUCGAACAGUGGCAGCAUAUAUUCGAUGAAUCAAUUCUGGACCAAACUUUAGGCCAUAACGCGUUCUUUCUUUCAAAGAAACGUCGCGAAAAGACAGUCGAGCAGCGACGAGCCAUUGUCCCGAUAGUCCAAGGCCUGUUGGAUGACCAAGCCACCAUGGAGCUUGAUUACAUGGCCAAUAAGAAGGUGACUCCUCUACUUUUAGGUCUAAUGAUGCACCAAAUUUGCUCCUUAGAGAAGGAGUUAAUAAACAGUGAAGUUGAUAGAGUCGUUUCUCAGAAAUUAGAGGGGCUGUCCAUGAAGGGACUGGUAGCCGGAAAGCAGUAUAGUUCCCGAGGAGGAGAGAAUGCCCGAUCUCAAGCACACUCUGACUGCUAUUCUGACGACCAGGAAUCUAUUUUUGGGUCGCGUCAAGCCAGUCAAUACUUUCCACUUGACAACGAUGACCCGAACGACCCCGACUACAGGCCGUCACAAGAUUCUUCAGCUUCUGUUCAAACGACAUCGUUUCUGGCUCUUGCGGCUCCUCAUUCAAAUGCUUCAGACGCCUUGCCUUCAGCCUAUGAGUUUUCUUUCCAUAGUUCGGCGCAGGUUAUCUCAAAAGGUCCGGAAGCCCAGCCAUUAAGAUCAAACACAGAUCGCCUACUUGAUAGUCCCGACAGUGAUGGGCGGAAAUCUCCAUCUAUUUCUGGGGGCCAGGCUACUCCAAAGCCAAGUCCCUCAACACUGUUCUCCAGGCUUUCGUCUACGCUUUCAGGUUCGCCAGAUGGAAAUGUAUCUCGAGGGAUAUCUAAGGGAAAAACACCUUAUGGGUUACCGGUCAUCACUGGUCCAUUAUCACUUGAAAGGCGAGAAUGGUCUCCCGGACGGCGACCUGGCCAGCCGAAGCCUCUACAUACCCAUGCUCCCCUGGAAGGUUCUAGCGAGAAGAGUCAAUGUCAGGACGCAGGUCAAGACGAGAGCGACUACAUUGAUUUGACAAGAGACAGCCAGGAAGGUGCUUUGUAA